GUUAAUCGAUACCACAUGUACACUUUAAAAUUGGUGUAUUAAUGACCGGUCCCCCGCGUAGUCUUGGGAUUAAGUUUGUGUAUGUUUAUGUUUAGUAUUGGUACGUGCUUGCUGUGACUUAAACGACCUUUAUCCACAGGAAACCAUUAUACUAUUUUAUUUGAUUAUUUGUAACACCAUUUAAGAUGAGCAAACAGAGCAGUGGGAAGACCCUUUCAGAGCUAGCGGAGAGUGUAGUAACUAUCGAUAGGGGACGCUUGCUUGCUCUCAACAGUUUUUCUGCCGACAUGCCCGACCCUAUGUUUGACACUAUGAUGGCAGCGUUGCUUCUGCUAGGCGAGGAAAACCCGGACUGGGAUGCAAUCAGGUACAGCUUGACAAGAAAUGACGGGAAAGGAUUGACAGACUUGGUGCUAGACUACGACCCCAGCGACGUUUCAGAAGCAACGAAGGCCAAGGCCAAAGAGUUGUUGUCGAAAUUUACACUGCAAUACGUCAAAAGAGUUAAUACCGUGUGCGCUAUUGUGUUUGAAUGGGCUGUAGCCGCAGCGGACGCCUAGGCAGGGAAACAUGAAGCAUUUGAUGUCCGUCAGAACGUCAGGAUGGAUAUGGUCGAUGAUCGGUUUUGGACUUAAACACUUUGAUAACGAUUGGUGUAAUUUCCAACACGGGCAUUUUAACGGACUGUGUGACCAGAAGUGUUUACAUCAGGAUCUGUGAAAUAUAUGACAACGAGUCAUUGGCCAAUCAAAGCAUUGGCUUCAUGGUUUUAAAAGUGAAAGUUCAAAAGGUAAAAUAAACUUGUAACUGUGUUCAUCAUUGAUAUGUUCGCCGAAAACAACUCUUGAAUUAUAUAGUUUAGACACAACUAUUGCAUGUUUUAACUGGUUUAUAUAUACCUGUCGAAUGAAGAAAUCGUUUCGGAUGAGAUAUUUAUGGCUUAAACACUAUUU